CUUCCAUUGCUUUUUCAUUCGUGUAAAUGAAUUGAUUGAGUUAACAACGUGUGGCAUUUUAUUUCGCAAUCGGUGUAUAAUUAUUGAUCAAAUCUAUAACUAAUAAAAAUUUGCAAUUGCAAAAUUGUUAGCAAUAUUCGAAACGCGGUGAAUGUAAAAAUUUUUCGCAUUUCACAAAGUUGUUAAAAGCACAGUGACGCGCGGUGACGAACGACCUUGUGAAGUUCGACAACGAAGUGAAAUACCAACUUCGGGGAAGGAAAAUAUUUCACAAUAAUUUUUUUUUUCGAAAUUACCGAACACAAUUGUACGGGUGCAAACAUUUAGAAACUUUAAACAAAAGAGCAGACGGUAGAUGUGUAAGAAUUAACAUAAAUUUACCUGCUAUUGAAUUUUCGCGUUAACGCCCCUCUUCGACGCGGAGGUGGUUCAGCUGGUCGAUACGAAGAUUACAUUCUACCAUUUCUGUGUAGUGCAGUGAAUAAGUCGGAUCGGUUAUCUGGUGGACAAACAGAGACAGAAUUUAUCAGCAACUCGAAAUUUGCGAUUAAUCAUGAAAUUUGUUGCAACAACAAAAGCACAACUACAACAACAAAAUAAAAAGCAUUAUUCAUUGAAAUUCACUGAAGCUGAGCAAGAAUCGAAACGUAUAAAUAAUUUUCACGCGGUCAAUUUGGGAACAUUGGACAACGUGAGUUUGUGUAGUGCAGUGAAAUUUGCGAAAGUAAAAAAUCAGCAACAAAUAAACGAAUAUAAAAAGUUUUCUACUAUUUAUAAAAAUUGGAAGAAUCAAAACUUUUACAUAGCUACGUCUUGAUUAAGUGCAACUUUAAAACAAUUUACCCUAUCCAAAAUUAAUUGGAAUUAAAACCCCGAUCCUAUCAACCUUUGAAAAUUAAUUAAAAAAAAAAAUAUAUGUAAUAAACAAACAAUUUUGGACAACUUAAGAAAUCAAAUUUAAAUACACAAGACAACCUCAUAAAUUUCUACAAGUUGUAAAAAGUGAGCAAAUUUAACUAGAAAUAUAGUAUAUUAAAUAUAAUUUAAAAUUUAACCAAACUAAAUUUUAAACAAGCGCGUAAAAGCAAAAAAUUAGUAGAGCAGCAAAACGCUAAAUAACCGCGUGUUGUGCUGUCAAUCCUUUCAUAAAAGAGUCAACGCUAGUCUCUUGCAGUCAGUCGUUCAUCAUUGCUCACGCUUUGUGCUGUACCUCCGUAGUGGUGGAAGAAAUUGAAGAAGAGAACGUGCGCGCCAACCUCUUUCAUCAAAAGCGUGCAGGAAAUUAUCUAAAACUGCAAAAGCAGGAAGCAAACAACAUAGCAGAACAAGGUACUACAACAGGCAUAAAUAGUUUUUGUGUAUCCUUGUCAACGCAAGCGAAAUUUCAAUACACUUCCGCUUCCUUAUCAAUUUUAAACGAUAAACAGCGGUAUUUUGUGAAAAGAACGGCGGGUAUUAUUACUGGUAGUACGAUUUCUACCAACUCUACAACGGCUUCAUUGUGCUCAUUCAAAAUUUCCGCUACAUCGCCUAAAUCUAAACGCAAGACGUCGAAUAAAGACAAGAAAAUGCCGCGACGCAACAAGAAAGGUGGCAAAGGCCGCAACGGUGACUCCAACUCCGAGGACGAGUCCUUCAACGACAAUGCUAGCGUGUAUUCUUUCGUUUCCGAGAAUGCACCCUCAUCCAUAAAUGGUAAUGAUAUGGAUGAGCUCUCAUCGAACGAACGUUUCGAGGAGAAAUUCAUGCAAGCGCUGGAAAAUGCCACUGAAAAAUCGGCACAGACACGCACCACAGCUUUGCAGAAUAUCUGUGAGAUACUCAUGCAUCGGUAUAUGCCCGAUUUCGUGGACGAUCGCAAGGUGACACUGAUCGAUUGUAUCGAGAAGUCGAUACGACGUGGCAAGGGUGCCGAACAAUCGUGUGCGGCACGUCUAGCACCACUGGUGGUGCUGCAAUUGGGUGGUGAUGUUGAGAUCUCAAAGGAAUUGAAUCAGUGUCUGUUGACCACCGUGCAGGAUAAGGCUGUCUCAUUCGAUGCACGCGCCAAAUGCUGCACCGCUUUGGGGCUAUUGAAUUUCCUCGGUGGCGAGGAUAUUGGUGAUCUUAUUACGUUGAUGCAAUUUUUCGAAGGCAUUUUCAGCGCCAGCUAUUUGCGUGGCGAUGAAAAAUCGCCAGUAUCGGUAAAUGCCGAAGCAGGCACUUUGCAUGCCGAAGCGCUAUCCGCUUGGGGCUUGCUGCUGACACUCAUACCGUCGGGUGAUUUCGUGUCACUCAUGACCAAUGGACAACCGAUGUUGCCAUCUGUGAAAAAAUUAAUGGGUCUCUUGCAGUCGCCACAUUUGGAUGUGCGCAUUGCAGCUGGCGAAACCUUAGCUUUGAUACUUGAGUGCGGUCGUGCACAUGAUAAGGACUUCUUGGAAGAGUAUCUGGGUGAUUUGAUCGAUGCUGUUAAACAGCUUGCAACUGAUUCGCAUAAAUAUCGCGCCAAGCGUGAUCGCAAAGCUCAACGCGCUACAUUCCGUGAUGUGCUGCACUAUUUGGAGGAGGAUACAUCACCCGAAAUCAACAUACGCUUCGGCACUGAGUGCCUGCUAUUGGAUUCCUGGGCCAUACAUCAUCAAUAUUCGGCGCUGUGCACCAUUAUGGGUCCAGGUAUGACCUCACAGCUGCAGGAGAACGAUUUCAUACGCGACAUCUUUCAAUUGGGCGCCAAACUCGUCGAUGACGGACACGUUAAAACCAAACAAUCCAAGCUGGAGCGCCACUUAUUAAACGCCGCCGCCUUCAAGGCACGCACAAUAACGCGUGGCAAGAAUCGCGACAAACGCUGCAGUUAUAAUUACUAAGCGCAGCCUAAUUGCUAGAUAGAAGAAAAAAAGAACGCUUAAAUUAAGUAAAACAGAAAAAGAAACAUAUUUUGGAGAACACAAACAACUGCGGCGUGCAGUGGAGCGCGUGGAGGCCAGCAGUUUUGCAGUUUGAACUGUGGCGCAUAUGGCGGAUGGUUGCUGAUACUUGUGUUUGACUAGGCGCUGCUCUUGCAUGCAGCAAGCGUAAAAUGUAGGCUUUAAAGCAACAGCAGCAGGAGAACUGAUUGCUAUAAUCUUUCUUUAACCUUGUUGUUGCUUCAGCAUUUUUACAUUUUUCGCUAUUGCAUGCUACAGCAGCGUCGCCUGCGCAGUGGGUGUACGCGUAUGCGCCACUUUUUGUAACAUUUGUUGACACGUUUCUUGAAACGUUCAACGCAUUGCUGAAUUUUCGUGUACGGUCACAUUGGCGCUCAACUAUUUCAACUUGAAUUUAUUGCAACGAAUACUACGUGUACACAAGAUUAAAUGCAAAUCUUAUAAUUAACUUAAAUUUAUGUAGCAAUUUUAUGAUGAAAAAACAACAACAAAAUAUAACAUACCACUUACAAAAACAAUAUACAUACAUAUAAACUUAUAUAUAAUAAAAUAUAAAAGGAAUGCUAGUUGAAAUUUAUUUAGUUUUUAAACAUGUUUACUUACAUACAUACAUACUUACUUAUAUACAGAAAACAUGCGCUAUACGAACUACAAUGUUCCAUUUCUUUUUUAAAUUAAAUUAAAUUCCACAAGUCAUAACCUAUAAAAUUACAAACAAACAAAUAUUUGAUUACUUUAAAAUAACUUAUAAAAUUACAAAAAAACAAAUAUUUGAUUAUUUUAAACUUUAUCAUAUUAUUAGAGAAAACUAUUUUCAACUUUUUAUACUACAAAAUGCAUAUAUUUUGCUUCAAAUAACUUUGGCUUAAAUAUUCUGUUGCUGAAUUAAUUUUAAAAACCUGUAACCAAUGAAAUAAAAAAUAAAAACGUUAAUGAAAUGUUGAAAGCAUUAAAAUUCUUCAAAAAAAUAAUAAUAAAGAAACCCAUGUGUACAUAGGGUUAUGUGUGUAUCAUAUAAGCACAAGUGAGAGCGCUUGAAAGCAUUAAAAUUCUUCAAAAAAAUAAAAAUAAACACAUGUGUACAUAGGUUUAUGUGUGUAUCAUAUAUGCACAAGUGAGAGCGCUUAGCUUAAAUAAUUCU